GCUCGCUCUUCCCUUCUCGCGCACACACGCACGCACACUCUCUCCUUAACACUCGAGCGACUCGCUUUACCGCCCGAUCACCAACAUGGACGCGGUGACGGCAGACAAGGAGACGGCGAGGAGGAGCCUCCGCCGCCUCCGCAGGAUCUGCACGCUGUUCCGUUGCCUGGAGGGCCUCGCCGCCGCCGCACUCCUGCUCUCCUGGUCCUCCUCCCACCUCUCCGUUGAUCUCCUCCGCCGCCUCGCCGCCGUCCUCCUCGGCCCCCGAUUCGUCUUCAUCCUCGCCAACGCCAUCGUCCUCCUCCUCCUCGCCGAGUCCGGCCGACUCUCCCCCUCUCCCGCUUCGGCCGCCUCCGACGGCGGCGGCGCUCUGUACGAGGAGAUCCUCGAGAUCCGGCGCCGGAUUUCCGACUCACUCCCGCCACCGAAGCCGGCCCCGACGCCGGAGGAUGCAGUGUUCGAGGACAAGGCCGUGUGCGUGGAGACGCGGGCGCUCCGGAGGAGCCGGUCGGGGAGGACGCUGCGGCGGCAAAGGGCGCGGUCCGAGCUCCUCCGAUCUGAGACGGACGUCGGGCGGAAGAAAGCAGAGGAGGAGACGCUGGCGGUGGAAGAAGACGAGGUGGAGGACGCGGAGGAGUUCCGGCGGACGAUAGAAGCGUUCAUCGCUAAGCAGGCCAAGUUCCACCGGGAGGAGUCGAUGACGGCCGUCGUCCCGGGCGCGGAAGUAAACCGCACCUUAGUCUGUUCCGCCGGAUCACCAGAACCAUGUAACUUUGAAAUAAACAAAUGUCAAUAAAAAUCGACUUUUU